AUGCCUGUGAGAAAUGUGGUGUCAUGGACAUCCAUUAUUUCAGGGUUUGCACAAGAGUGGCAGGUUGAUGUGUGUGUGCAGCUUUUUAGUGAGAUAAGGCAUUCUUCAAAACCAAAUGAUUUUACGUAUGCAAGUAUUCUGAGUGCUUGCACAGGCAGUGUAGCUCUUGGGCAUGGCAAAAGUGCUCUCUGCCAGCAAGUGAUAGGGUUGUCAUCUCAAUAA